AUGGACGCUCCAAGAGAUGAACAGCGUGGUGUGGUCAGGUUUUUGACUGCUGAAGGUGUUUCCCAACACGAAAUUAGUCGCCGUAUGGCUGCCGUGUACGGUGAACAUUUCAUUUCAUUGGCCACUGUGAAGCGUUGGUGCAAACGGUUCAAAGAAGGACGUGAAAGUUGCAAAGACGAUCCAAGACCGGGCCAAAGCCACCGUGCAAUCACCCCCAACACAAUUGCACAGGUUGAUGAGCUGAUUAGACAAGAACGGAGGAUAAGCAUCGAUGAACUGGCAGAGCAUGUGAACAUCAGUCACGGUUCGGUUCACACCAUAAUUCAUGACCAUCUCGGUUAUCGGCUCUUGUGUGCUGAAUGGAUGCCCAAGAUUUUGAACGACCGCCAGAAGACAGAGAGGUUCGGCGCUGCCUUGACUCAUCUGAUCCGGUAUCACAAUGAGGGUAACGACUUCUUGACUGCAAUUGUGACAGGGGACGAAUCAUGGUGCCACCACUACGAGCCUGAAACACGCCGGCAGAGCUUACGUGGAAACAUUUGA